ACUUGCAUCCUUCUUCUUUUCUUCUCUCUUUUGUCUUAAAGAGAUUCUUUGCUAGUGUUUAUUUUCUCUUGUUCCGUCUCGUGGUUAGGUAAUCCUAGCAACCCCCGACAGAGGAGAUCCGACCGAACAGACAGACCCAAGACGGCGGGGUUCCUUUGAGCGAGGCAAAUCCACACACUCCUCGCCCCCCCUCGGCGCUUUUCCUCUUCGCACCAACCCGCCCUCCGUUGUUCGCCCUUUCUUCCUGUCUUGCGCCUACACCAUGGACUGGCACCCUCAGGAUGAGCCAUUGAGGCAGCUGGCCUGCUGUCUUCGUGACUCCUUAAACCCCUACAAUCGCAAUGCUCAGAAACAGGCCGAACAGGUGCGUUGUCCCCCCCCCCCCCUCCGCUCGUUCGAAGUCGCUCCUCUGCGUUCUAUCCUUUCUACCCUCUCUGUCCUCCCUUACCUGGUCUCCGGCAACCUGGCGGCGGAAUGUGUUUCCAUAUAAUCUCUCAGUCAAGAGGACCGGAUCCGGAUUCUAACUGUUCCCUCCCCGCCCACAGAUGCUAGUACAAGCAACCUCCUCGCCCGACUAUGUCAACUACAUCACCUAUCUGUUCAGCACACCGCAGGCCCCCUCCGUGGUGGCUUUCGACGAUGAGACCUGGAAUAUGGUUCGUUUCGCCGCGGCCAUGAACUUGAAGACGAAGAUCCGCGUGGCCUACAAUACUGUCGCCCAACCGUGUCUGGCGUACAUUCGGUCGGCCACCCUGGCCGGUCUCCGCGACGGGAACUUUCAGGUGCGAAACUCCGCCGGAAGCAUCAUCACAGAGCUGGUCCAGCAAGCGGGUCUGCUGGCCUGGCCCGAAGUCCUCCACGAGCUGCUGGCCCUCGUGGACAACUCGUCCAGGGAUACCCCGGCUCUGGCGCAGGAGGCCGCCAUGUCGGCCCUCGCCAAGGUCUGCGAGGACAACCGAAAGGUCCUCGAGCGCGACUACCAGGGACAGUGCCCGCUCGACGUGAUUAUUCCCAAGCUGCUGGAGUUCACCUCGAACCCGAGUGCCAACGUGCGCGCCACGGCCCUCAAGACCAUCCACAUCUUCCUCCCCCACCGCCCCCAGGCCUUGGUGGCCUCGAUGGACCUGUUCCUGUCGCAGCUGUUCCAACUGGCCAACGAUCCGAAUACCGAUGUCCGCCGCACCGUCUGCCUGACCUUCGCGCAGCUCGUGGAUUUCGCCCCCGAGAAGCUCGUGCCGCACAUGGAAGGCCUGGUCAACUACAUCAUCCUGCAACAAAACAACCGGGAGGAUCCUGAGCUCGCUCUCGACGCCGCCGAGUUCUGGCUCGUUGCGGGAGAGCAGAUCAAGCUGCAACAAUCGUUGGCCCCGCACAUGUCCAAGAUCGUCCCCGUGCUGCUGCAGAGUAUGGUCUACGACGAGGACGACGCCAUUCGCUUGGCCGGGGAGGGAGACGAUGCCGAGGUGGAGGACCGCGCCGAGGACCUGCGUCCGCAGUUUGCCAAAUCCAAGGGUUCGCGCCUGGACUCGUCCAAGCCCGACGCGCAGGCCAACGGCGACGCGCCCGUCGAGAACGAUGACGACGACGAUCUCAGCGAGGGGGAAAUCGAGGACUCUGAAUUCGGCGACGAUCCCGAGGACGAGUGGACGUUGCGCAAGUGCUCCGCGGCCGCGCUGGACGUCUUCUCCAACGUCUACCACCAGCCGAUCUUCGAGAUCAUCCUGCCCUAUCUGAAGGAAACCUUGCGCCACGAUCAGUGGCCCCAGCGCGAGGCCGCCGUCCUCACCCUGGGCGCCGUCGCCGACGGUUGCAUGGAUGCCGUCACCCCCCACCUACCCGAACUCGUCCCCUACCUUAUCUCGCUCCUCAACGACCAGCAACCGGUGGUCCGACAGAUCACUUGCUGGUGCCUGGGCCGGUACUCCGAAUGGGCCUCGCAUCUGGGCAGCCCCACGGAGCGCGCCAGCUUCUUCGAGCCGAUGAUGGAGGGCAUCCUGCGCCGCAUGCUGGACAACAACAAGAAGGUGCAGGAGGCGGCGGCCUCCGCGUUUGCCAGUCUCGAGGAGAAGUCCGACGCCAACCUGGUGCCCUACUGCGAGCCCAUUCUGCGCCAGUUCGUGCAGUGCUUCGGCAAGUACAAGGACCGCAAUAUGUACAUCCUGUACGACUGCGUCCAGACUCUGGCCGAGUGCGUGAUGGGCGAGCUGGCGAAGCCCAACUUGGUGGACAUUCUCAUGCCCGCGCUGAUCGACCGCUACAACAAGGUUUCCGACCAGUCCCGCGAGCUGUUCCCCCUGCUUGAGUGUCUGGGGUACAUCGCCGCGGCCUACGGCGACGCGUUCGCUCCCUUUGCACCCCCGCUCUUCCAGCGAUGCACCAAGAUCAUCUUCGAGAACCUGCAGGAAUACGUCGCGUCCGUCAACAACCAGGGCAUUGACGAGCCCGACAAGGAUUUCCUGGUCACCAGUCUGGACCUGCUGAGCGCGAUCAUCCAGGCCAUCGACCCCCAGAAGAGCGGCGAGCUGGUAGCCAACUCGCAGCCCCGCUUCUUCGAUCUGCUCUGCUUCUGCAUGGAGGACCCGAACUACGAAGUCCGCCAGUCGUCGUACGCGCUCCUGGGCGACUGUGCCAUCAACAUCUACCCUCAACUCGAACCCUUCAUCCCCAACAUCCUGCCCACCCUGAUCAAGCAGCUUGACUUGGACCUAAUCCGGGACGACGAGCGGUACACCGGGUUCAGCGUGCUGAACAAUGCCUGCUGGUCGUGCGGAGAGAUCGCAGUCAACUCAGUCAACGAGAAGGCCUCGCUAUCCCCGUACCUGGACAAGCUCUACCAGGGUUUGGUCGUCAUUCUCAACAACGAAGAGAUCAUCGACUCGGUCAAUGAGAACGCCGCGAUGGCCUUGGGCCGCCUGGGAAUCUGUUGCUCCGAUCAGUUGGCUCCGCGCCUGGGCGAGUAUGCCGGCGUGUUCCUGAAGUCGAUGGGCAAGAUCGAUUUCACCCGGGAGAAAGCCUCGGCAUUUUUGGGCUUCAACCAGGUGGUCAUGAAGAACCCACAGGCGAUGGAAUCCAGCUUGGGUGACUACUUCCAGGCCAUUGCCUCGUUCCCUAGCAAGUCGCUUAACACCGAGGACUACCGUGACAUUCAGAGCUCAUUCCAGCAGGUGCUGCAAGGCUACAGAAAUAUGAUACCCAACUUCGAUUCCUUCCUCUCGCAACUCCCGCCCAACGUUGCUCCGAAACUCCGUUCUGUAUACCAGGUUUAGAUCUAUAUUCGGCAUUUGUUAAGUGGUUUGUGAUGACAAAAUCCAUGGCGAAAGGCGCAUUAAAAAUUGUUUUCUUUUUUUAUUCUUUCCCUUUCACUUCACCCAAUAUCCGUAUCCGUAUCUCAUAUCAAACCUUUCACCCUUUUUACCCAUCUUGGCCAUCUUUCAAACUCUAUUGGAUGGAAAUGAAGUGACCACUUAACGAUUCUCUUACAUUUAUUGCUUUCAUCUGCUUUUCAUCAUGGCGUGUUUUCUUUUCUUCCUUUCUUCAUGAAUACUUUCAGUUCGUGCGGAUUUUAUUCCUUCUGGCACGAUUGAUUGCAUAGAGCGAAGGUCCACGGGCUCGCAGGUCCCAGUGAGCGUUUUACCUGAUGGUAUGAUAUGAUAUGGAAUGAUACCUAGGAAGACAGCCAGGACGGACUCGACUUCUUCCAUGUCAUCCAUAUACAAGAGGAGGAAACAGGCACAGGUACAAAGAGGAGGGACAAAUGAAGCGAUGCAUAACGAUGCAUGAUGGACUGUCUGUUUGUUUUGUCUUUUCUUUCUUUUCUUUUUUAUUUUUAUGAUGGAACGAGGAUGCAUCUUGUACCAUUUGGUAGAUAGACUUAAGUAGUUAAAAACAUAUAGUUAGUUUAGAUAGAUCAUUACUGUGUUGAGAGGGGAAGUUGAUUGCAAGCUUCCGUCUUUUCUUUUUCUC